AAUAGCAGCAGCUACAAUGUUCUUCUGUAUGCAUUUCCUCUUUCUUCUUUCUUGAAAUGAUUCCUGCUUUACCAGUCAUUUUCCUUUGGAAAAAAUCAAACUUCCUUUUUAUUAACUGAGUGUCUGAAAGGGAACUAAGGGGAGGGAGAGAGGAGAGAGGCAGACAAAAGGAAAAGCAGAUGAGAAGGAAAGAGGAAGAGACAACAUACUUAAUACAGCGGAGUCCGUUCAGCCAAAGAGCGAGAAGAGAGCAAGCAAGCUACAGCACUGUUGCUUAAUGUGUCUGUUUUAAGUUUAAGUUUGGUAAGCGUAGUGGGAGAUGCUGGGAAUGGAUAUCGAAGAUAAAUCAUCCAAAAUGUAUUGCAUGAGAGGCAAGCACGUGGCCAUUAUUUGUGGAGUGGUAAUUGCUGUGGGCUUAAUUUUGGGACUUGGAUUAGGUUUAGGAUUAAAGCCAGAGGCCUGCCAUCCUCCAGAAGACAAUGGGCAGGUGUCAACAAAACCACCCACACAUCCAACAUCACAAACAACCUCUGCUUCAGGGAGCAGAGAGUUUUGCAAUGCCAAAAAUAAUGAAAAUGGAGCCUGGACAAAUUUCAGGCUGCCCCGCUAUGUUCACCCAAUUCAUUACGACUUAGACUUGACUCCUGAGAUGGAAGCUGAGGUGUACACCGGAACGGUAAAGAUCUCCAUCAGGUUGGAAGAACAGACAACCAGGCAUUUGUGGCUUCACCUGAGAGAAAUGAAGAUCAUGGAAAUGCCUGAGCUCUGGAAUGCCGCAGACCAGGUCAUUGCUGUAAAGAGUUGUUUUGGAUAUGAACCACAGGAAUAUGUGGUAAUAGAGGCAGAAGAAGACUUACAUCCUAGCAACUAUUCACUGAGUAUGAAGUUCAAAGGCUAUUUGAAUGGUUCCCUGGUUGGAUUUUAUAGAACAAGCUAUGUGGAGAAUGGAAAGACCAAAUACAUAGCAGCCACUGACCAUGAGCCAACUGAUGCACGAAAAUCAUUUCCUUGCUUUGAUGAACCAGACAAAAAAGCAACAUAUACGAUAUCUAUUACUCAUGAACGUGACUAUGAAGUCCUAUCAAACAUGCCAGUGCAGAAAACAGAUUCAUUAUCUAACGGCUGGACAAAGACGACAUUCAUGAAAUCUGUCCCAAUGAGUACUUACUUGGUGGCCUGGGCUGUGCACCAGUUUGCAUAUACAGAAAGAAUUUCAUCUCGUGGAAUUCCACUCCGCAUUUAUGCCCAGCCACAGCAGAUAAAAACAGCUGAGUAUGCAGCAAAUGUAACUAAAGUUGUAUUUGAUUACUUUGAAGAUUACUUCAGCAUGAACUAUUCUCUUCCAAAAUUAGACGAAAUAGCAAUUCCAGAUUUUGGCACUGGGGCCAUGGAGAAUUGGGGGCUGAUCACUUACAGAGAAACUAAUCUCCUGUAUGAUUCACAAGAAUCUGCUGCUUCCAACAAGCAAAGAGUGGCAGCUGUGGUUGCCCAUGAAGUUGUUCAUCAGUGGUUUGGAAAUAUUGUGACCAUGGAUUGGUGGGAUGACUUAUGGCUAAAUGAAGGAUUCGCCAGUUUCUUUGAGUUUAUGGGUGUAAACGCUACAGAAAAAGAUUGGCAAAUGCUGGACCAAAUUUUAAUUGAUGACCUAUUCCCUGUGCUGAAGGAUGAUUCUUUGCUUUCAUCUCACCCUAUUACAGUGAAUGUGUCUUCUCCUGAUGAAAUAACUUCUGUAUUUGAUGGCAUAUCCUACAGCAAAGGAGCAUCAAUUCUCAGAAUGCUUGAAGACUGGAUCACACCAAAUAACUUCAGCACUGGAUGUCAGAUAUAUUUAAGAGACUAUCACUUUAAAAAUGCAAAAACAGAUGAUUUCUGGAAAUCAAUGGAAAAGGCAAGUGGGAAGCCUGUCAAAGAAGUGAUGGACACAUGGACCAGGCAGAUGGGAUACCCUGUGCUAAAAGUUCAUUCAAACUCAACAGUCACACAGCAACGUUUUCUAUUGGAUCCCAAAGCAGACUCUUCCCAACCAUCUUCUGAAUUUAGUUACAAGUGGAAUAUUCCAGUGAAAUGGCAUGAGGGAAGUACAUCAAACAUAAUAUUCUACAAUAAAUCAGAAUUAGCAGGAAUUACUAUUACACGACCCAGUGAUCUUCCUCCUAGUUCUUUCUUGAAAGUAAACCAAGAUCAUCUUGGUUUUUAUCGUGUAAAUUAUGAAACCGAAGCCUGGCGUGUCUUAGCUGAUAUUAUGAACAACAGCCAUCAGAACUUUAGUCUGGCUGAUCGUGCUGGUUUUAUAGAUGAUGCUUUUGCAUUGGCCAGAGCUGGACUUCUGAAGUAUGCUGAUGCACUGAACCUUACAAAAUAUCUGCAAUAUGAGGAAGAAUACAUACCAUGGCAAAGAGCUGUAGUAGCCGUAUCCUAUAUUGGACACAUGAUUGAAGAUGAUAAUGCACUCUAUCCCAAAUUCCAGAAAUAUUUUGGUAGCCUGGUCAAGCCCAUUGCAAGUAAACUGGGAUGGAAGAAUGAUGGGGACCAUAUCAAUAGCCUCCUUCGUGCAACCGUUUUGGAAUUUGCAUGCAAUAUGGAUGACUCAGAAGCUUUGGGGAAUGCUUUUACAUUGUUUAAUAAUUGGACAAAUGGAAUAAGUCUAGAUGUAAACAUCCGUCUCCUGGUGUACCGCUUUGGGAUGCAGCACUCGGGUGAUGAGCAAGCCUGGAAUUAUAUGUUUCAGAAAUACCAAAACACAACUUUAGCUCAAGAAAAGGAGAAGCUUCUAUAUGGCCUGGCAUCAGUGAAAAAUAUCACUCUGCUGAACAGAUUCUUAAAUUGCAUCAAAAAUACAAGUCUCAUAAGAAGUCAGGAUGUAUUCACUGUCUUGAGAUAUAUCUCCUUUAAUAGCUACGGCAAAACAAUGGUUUGGGACUGGGUACGUCUCAACUGGGAAUAUUUGGUCAAACGAUAUACUCUUAAUGAUAGAAAUCUUGGCCGCCUAAUAUCAAGAAUAUCAGGCACAUUUAACACAGAGCUCCAGCUUUGGCAGAUGGAAAAUUUCUUUGAGAGAUAUCCUAAUGCUGGAGCAGGAGAAGCAUCAAGAAAGCAAGCUUUGGAAACUACAAAGAGCAAUAUUGAAUGGCUAAAACAAUACCGAGAUGAGAUAGCAGCCUGGCUUGAAAGUUCAACUCCACCAAGCCUUGCAUAAUUGGGUCUCACCCUUCAUGAAAAUUCUUAGGAUUUUUUUUUUUUUUAAAACAUAUCAACGGUGGUGAUUUGCAGAAAUAUUACAUUCAGAUUUUGACAAAGCUGCCAACUUUGAAAUACAUUGAUCUAUUGAAAUGUAUAUGAAAACUAGCCAGUCAUUCUCAAAUGUUCCUGUAAACAUUUCUUGUCUCUUAGAACAUUUGUUCUCAUUUUAAUUGGACAAAGUGUAAAAUCAUCAUUUGCACAUACAUAAUUAUAGGAUCUCCAUUACCUUUACGAGCAUUACUGAUGUAUGUACUUACCACAUAACCACCAUUCUGAAAAUAAAUCCUUUCCUUAUACAAAAAACUUCUUAUUCCAUGUGCUCAGGAGGCCCUGCCAAAUAAAGUUUCAUAAAAUCCAUUCCAAAUGGUGGGCUUUGCCUCCAUUCAGAAAAAAAUAGAUAAUAUAUAUAUAUAUAUUCUCAAAGGAAAUAAAAGCACCAGCCUGAUUUUUGGAAACAAACCACAAACACUUUUUCUACUAUAUAUAUAGAGGGAGAUAGACUGUUAUUGUCAUCAGUCAUUUUUGAUAUUUCAUAGAUGGAUUUUUGUAGUUUAAAGCUAUUAUCCUAAAGUGACUUUGAAAAACCCAUAGCUCUGAGGAAGGGUACAUCCAUGGCAAGAGGAAAAUGCAUAUUCAGAAAUCUCAGGAAUCAGCAACAUUUCAAUUGGUGGACAUUGCUGUAUGGCUUUGCAUGGGCACCUAAACUUUUUUUAAUGUCCAGCUCUCACCUCCAGGUCUCAUAUGAUCUCACACACAUUUGGGCAAUCUUGCAAAAUUUCAGCCAUUUGGGAUUGGAUUUUAACAAUGGAAAAUGGCCAGGAUACAAUUUUAUAAACAAAUAAUUUAAUCUGAAGUUUUUAUGCACAACAUAUAAAGAGGAUGUGAGUGCUGCAGCACUCCUGGGUGGCUGUAUUGUCAGUCCCUGGAAUAAUCAGCACUCUUGUAAAUUGUCAGCCACACUAGAUAGGCCAGAAAAAUAAUCUCCACAGGAAGACUACAAGUAUACUUCACUGAGAUAGGCUAUAACAACAGAAACUUGCAAGCCUGAUUGUGCUCAACCAACCCUCCUUCUCAUGCCCCAGUGAAACAGGGAGAGGCUUGCCUGACUUGCUUCCAAAUACCAUCUUGCUUUGCGGAACUUAAAUAAUAAUUCAGCCCUCUUUGCUUAUGCAACGGUUCUUGCAUAUUUCUGGUAAAGUCAUCUCCCUUACUGUCUACCUAAGUACACAAGCAGUCCAAAUCAUUACAGUACAGUUUGAUGUCUGCAGCUGUAGGAGAAGAUAAUCUGACUAGAAAAAAAAUCUGUAGAUUUGGUUUGGUAAGGGUAUGAAUGUAUAAAUAUAUAUCAUUUAAAUGUAGAUACCUGGACUUGUUUAACAUCAUGAAUCUAAGCACUUAUUUUGAAGUUAAGCUAUACCACGUACACAUUACAAGUCAUCAUCAGGAUGCUGUUUAAAUCAACUUUCCUUCUCUGUUGUAAUGUUUGCAAGAUUUUUUAAAGAAAAAGAUUGUCAAUAUCAUGGAGAAAGCCUUCAUGUCCUAUCAGCUGCUAUCAAAAAUGUCUAUGGGGACAUGGAGAUUCUCUGCACCACAGCUGCAGUGCCCAUUGUCAGAUUUAAACCGAGCCUAGAAGUAGUUGGUGUUGUGGGAGUCACAUGCCAGCUUCCACAAUUUGCUUGCAACUUAGAAUGCCAACAUGUACUGCCUGAAUGCUAUUUUGAUGUUCCAAAUUGUUUAUUUUUAUCAAUGAAAAAUUAAAUAACAGAAUAUUUCCAAUUUUAAAA